CAUAAGGUUUUGAGUGAAUUUCUGUGUAAUCCUUAUGUGAGUGUUUUUAAUACAAUCAUUAUCAAGUUUGGAUCAAAUAAUUAAUUGUAAGUUUGACAUAAACUUUGUAUCGACUGUCUAUGUCUCCCAAAUGUUUCAUUUGAUAUCUUUUUUGGGACAUGAUCAGUCCUUUUUCUAUAUUACCCAAUGAAAGGACAUCUGUCACCUAUCAUUGGUGACAAUUUACUUAAAUGGCUACUCGCCUUAGUCCCCGCAACUCUGAGGUAAACGCUUUAGAGCAGCGGGGAUAUCUAAUUGGAAAAAAAAUUGGCCAAGGAUCUUAUGCUACUGUUCACCUAGCAGACUAUGUGGACGGACCGGGACCUAAGAAAAUGCGCCUUGCGUGCAAAAUAUUUGAUAAAGAAAAAGCACCACGAGAUUUUCUAGAUAAAUUCUUUCCACGUGAAUUAGAAAUUUUAACGAAAAUUGAAAAUCCACAUAUAAUACAAGUACACAGUAUACUUCAACGAGGACCACGUGUUUUUAUUUUUAUGCGUUAUGCUGAUAAUGGAGAUCUUUUGGACUUUGUAAAACGUAAUGGAGCUGUACCAGAACAACAAGCUAAAUUGUGGUUCCGGCAAAUGGCAAGUGGCUUACAAUAUUUACAUAGCAAACACAUUGCACAUCGUGAUUUAAAAUGCGAAAAUAUAUUAUUAUCUCGUCGUUUCAAUGUUAAAUUAGCUGAUUUUGGAUUUGCUAGAUUUUGUAUUGAUAUUGAAGGCAGGCGAGUACUUAGUCAAACGUAUUGUGGAUCAGCAGCAUAUGCUGCACCUGAAGUGGUUAGUGGGACACCAUACAAUCCGAAGUUAUCGGAUGUAUGGUCAUUGGGAAUCAUUUUAUUUAUAAUGCUAAAUGCUUCCAUGCCUUUCGAUGAUUCGAACUUACGUAAACUUUUGAAAGAUCAAAUGACAAGAAACUGGGUGUUUCGAUCACGAGUAAGAGACUCUGUGACAUCACAAGCAAAAUCAAUUGUAAGGCAUAUUUUGGAGCCCGAUAUUACUUUACGUUUAACAUUGGAUCGUGUUAUAACACAUGAUUGGGUAAAACAACGAAAAGAAAAAGGAUCGAGUUUAAUUGGUCGAUUAGUACACUCCGCACCACCAAUACAUCCUUCAGGGCAUUCGAAUGGACAAACAGGAGGAUCAAGUCGUUUACCACCAUUUCAUGAUACCGGAGCAGAAGCAGAUGGUCCACCUAUGCACGGUUCAAUAAUACAACAUGCUGCAAAUCGUCCUAAUAUUGGUGCAAAAUUACAACCAGGAGAUCAUUUUAAGGUGCCAGAAUCAAAGAAAAGUGAAACAACAAUACCCGCCCUCCCAGUCGAAAAAUUAUAAAUUUUUGUUUGUUUUUGGUUACGAAAAAUAUUUUUAUAUGCUUUUAAAUGUAAAUUUUUAUAACUUUUUUAAACUCUCAUUUUUCUACAAAAUUUUAUAUAUGAUUUUUCUUACUAUACAUGGUUAAUUGCAUACUAAAUAAACUAUUAAUCUUU